UCUGGCGCCUUCUGAUCGAAAAAACGCGUCAAGAACUAGCUUUGUUCAACUACACAAACGCAGAAUUUCUUGAGAAGUGGUGAGUGAGAGCAAAGAGAGUUGUCGGCAAAGUGACAACGAACUUCACCAACUCGCCCAACAUGAAGACGGAAGCACUGGCGUUUCUCAUUUGCGCCUUAUUCCUUCGCGAAACAACUGCCGACGAACAAGUGGCUCAAAGUGUGGAGCAGAAAAAAACAGUCGCAAAAAGAGACGAAGUAUUUUACAACAAUGUUGGAUCGGUGAAAAACUCCUACCGAGUUUCAGGAGCGGAAAGGAGAUCAGCAGAAAACCAGGAAAAUCAAGCAAAUCGGGCCGAGAGUACCAACAGUGAGUUGUUAUACUACGGGUCAUUUUAUCCCAGGGAUUUUGAAGGACGGGAAUACGAGCUUUACUACCCUGAGAACCCCAGUUACGGAGAAUGGUAUGGCCCAUUUGAGCCGCCGGUGGACUAUUAUGAAAACGGAGAAGAAAGCUGGGACGGCCGAGACUACAAACGUUCAUUUGACUUCAUUGGUCCUCGGGGAGGUAGGAGUGUGUACUAUGGUCCCCGAGGGGGGAGGUAUGUUUACUAUGGCCCUCGAGGGGGAAGAUCUGCUGAGAGUGAGGCUGGACCACGUGGAGGAAGAUCUGUGGAGAACUCCAAUGGACCUCGUGGGGGGCGGUCUGCGGAGAACGACAAUGGACCACCCAGAGGGAGGUCUGCAGAAGACGAAUCUGUAACUUUAAAUACGAACACGGGACCCCGAGGUGGCAGAGCAGUGAACAAUGAUGGACCAAGAGGCGGACGAGCUGUUGAUGGAUCACAGACAAAGAGAUCUACAACAACAGAACAAAAAUUAGACACAAAAUCAACAACAGAGAAUGGACCGCGAGGAGGCAGGGACACCGCAGCCGAUGCAGGUCCGAGAGGAGGCCGAGCAAUCUCAGUGAAAAAAGCUUCUUCGGAUGAAGCCAGCGGACCCCGUGGAGGAAGAGAUACCCAGUCUGCUGCCAGUGGCCCACGAGGAGGUAGGGAUGUGGGAGUCAAAAACCCCAGGGAAGAGAGAGUCAGGUCAGUUGAAAAUGACGGUCCCAGGGGAGGCAGAUCAGUGUUAUUCGGUCCACGGGGUGGCAGGGCUGUGAAUUCUGGUCCAAGAGGUGGGAGAGCCAUUGAAUACGGUCCUCGCGGAGGAAGAUCUGUGUUUUAUGGUCCUCGGGGUGGUAGAGCAAUCGAAUUCGGCCCCCGGGGUGGGAGAGCAGUAGAUUUUGGUCCUCGGGGUGGAAGAGCAGUAGAUUUCGGUCCAAGAGGUGGUAGAGCAAUUGAUUACGGCCCCAGGGGUGGUAGAGAAAUUUAUUACGGACCUCGGGGUGGGAGAGCAAUAGAAUACGGCCCUAGGGGUGGUAGAACUAUAGAGUAUGGACCUAGGGGAGGAAGAGCAAUAGGAUAUGGUCCCCGAGGCGGUAGAUCUCUUUUAUAUGGUCCUCGUGGUGGCAGAUCCAUGGAAACGUAUGGUCUACGUGGUGGAAGAGCAAUCGAUUUCGGUCCUAGAGGAGGUAGGGCUGUUGAAAAUGGUCCCAGGGGUGGUCGGUCUUUAGCGUUCGGUCCCCGGGGUGGUCGAUCUGUGGGAGAUGGUCCAAGGGGAGGUCGAUCAUUAGAUCUUGGCCCUCGUGGUGGGAGAUCUCUAUUCGAGGGUCCACGCGGCGGUCGAUCGACUUUGUAUGAUAUCGUUUAUGGCCCAAGAGGGGGAAGGUCUGCAGAAUACGAUGGUCCCCGUGGGGGAAGAGACCUUGAUUACAUCUUUGGACCCCGUGGUGGAAGAAGCCUGGGCUAUGUGGACAUUUAUGGUCCCAGAGGGGGUAGAGCCUUGGAGGAAAUAGAUUUUGGACCAAGGGGAGGUCGCACCGUUGAUUACGUAGGUGAUGGAUACUAUGAUUUUGGCCCAAGGGGAGGAAGGGCUAUUUAUUAUGAAACAGGGCCACGCGGGGGUAGGGGUAUAGAAUUUGAGGCGGGUCCCCGUGGCGGACGAGGUGUGGAGUAUAGACUUUUCAGUGGGCCACGUGGCGGACGGGACAUCUCUGGACCUCGCGGGGGACGCAGUGCCGCCUACUUUGAAAUAUCAAACGGCCCUCGAGGAGGACGUGCCGUGGAAAGUGGGCCUCGAGGAGGUAGGAACGCAGUCAUUAACUCUAUGUCUGGUCCGAGAGGUGGGAGGUCCAUCUUAUCAGAGGGUACCAUGUGGACCAACAGUGGAGCGAGUAACACAGGGCCAGGCGGAGGAAGGAGCGUAAGCAACAGCAAGGCUGAGAAAGCUGGACCUCGAGGUGGUCGGAGUACGUCCGAGAAUAAAAAAACUGAGAAGCGUGAGGCCACCAGCACUACAGCGGCUGAGAAGACACUUGCCAAAAAAAGAGAGGAAAGAGACUCUAAGGAGGCAGAUGUUGAUUUGCAAAAGAUUGAUAAACAGCUAACAAAGUCCAGCUAAGCGCAAACUUACCAUGCAGGUUAUCGUCCGGUUUAUAAGGUAAAUCAUUUUACUAGAAAUCCUAAAAGUAUCGUUAACCGACAUUUCGAUGCAUCAAGCAUCAUUCUCAAGACUGAGGUCGUUAAUGUUAAUGUCAAAGUUGUUAUU